AUAUACGCGCGCGCCCCGGACGCCGCCUCGCUACUCAACCAGUCGUCCACUCCCCCCAACAACGACCGCCAGCCAGCCAGCACUAGCAGCUCGCCGCCGGCCGCCUCGGUCCUGCAGGCCGCCGCGCUCGAGCUAGCCGCGGCUGUGGCAAGAAGAGACACCUCUGGAUUCCUUCGGUCCGUCGACGACGAGCGGACGUACAGACACAUUUCCUUGGAUAUAUUCUAACACAAUGGGAGCCUGCAACUCGUGCGAGGCGGCCGCGGUGGCGGCGGCGCCGGGGUCGACGUCGGCGGAGGCGCGGGUGGUGCUCGCGGACGGCGCGCUGCGGCGGUUCCCGGGCGGCACGCGCGCGUCGCAGGCCGUGAAGGCUGCGGCCGCCGGCGCGGGGGCGUGGUUCCUGUGCAGCGCGGACGAGCUGGAGCUCGGCGGCGCGGUGGCGGGCGUGGGUCCCGAGGAGGCGCUGCAGCCCGGGCAGCUGUACUUCGUGCUCCCCGCGGCGAUGCGGCGGCGGCCGCUGCAGGCGGAGGAGAUGGCGGCGCUGGCCAUCCGCGCCAGCGCCGCGCUCGAGGGCGACCACGACGGCCCGCUCGUGUUCCCGGAGGCCGCGGCCGCGGCCGCCGGGGGAGGAGGCGCCGGCGCUCGGCCCGGCAAGGCGUGCCGGCGGUCGAGGAGGGGCAGCAGCCGCGGGCGGGACUUCGUGCCGGACCUCGGCGCCAUUGCCGAGUAACCGCCGGCUGGCCAGCUAGGACUAGUAGAAGCUAACAGCAAGCCUUCGGCGAGAAGAAAAAUGAAAAGGAAGAAAAAAAAUCCAACUGUAGUUACGUGUUAACUGAUCAACCGAAGGCUUUGACUAAUGCUAGUGUAGGAACGGAACGGACGGAAUUGCAGCUCAGCUUGCAUCUAGUGUACUGGUGUACGUAUACGCGGCGGAGUGUACAUGUAGAAUACGCGUAGGUCUCGGAGGUCCCCAUGUGCGAGCACCCACCGCGAACCAAACCAAGGGCUCCGGUGUGUGUGCCUGACGCGCGGGGCCAGCAUUGAGCUGAGCUGAGCUGUAACCGCUGGGAUCCAUAUGCUGAUGUGGCAAUUCAAUCAACGACAGACGAGUCAGCGACUCGAAAUUGCCAUUGCUGAUGCAGU